CCAAAAGGUUCCUACCCAGUGAGGUUUUCAUUUUUCAAAAGUACAAAAAGUCGGCUGACGCGUCUGAUUCGACUCUCCCAUCUUUUAUUUAUUCUCUCUUACUACAUAUUCAUGGGUCGUGAGUCAUGAGUCAUGAGUCAUGACCAUAGUUUUGAUCGCCUAGCUUCUAACAAACGAAACAAUUUUGGGUUCCAAAUUUUCCGUGCAAUUCCUCCAUGACCAGUUCGCCGAUCCCGGUGGAUCUCUUUGUGUCGAAAAAACAUCCUGGCCUUACAGUUGGCGAUCUGGGGUUCGCCGACGCCUCUGGUAAUGUUAUUUUCAGAGUCAACCGUCAAUCCUCACCUAAAAAUAAGAGGCUAUUCCUCGAUUCCACGGGAAACCCCCUAAUCUCCAUCUACCGUUACCGCAAUGGGUCGUGGCAAGGCUUCACGGGUGAAGACGAUCAAAAGCAGUGUAUAUUCAGAGUGCAGAGGACGGUGAACAAGCUCACCAGAACAGAGUUAGAGGUAUUUCUUGUUGGUGUGAAUGGGGAAGACUCAGCCUCUAAGUUAAAAGUGAAAGGUUGUCCUUUCCAGAAGUCCUGCACUAUCUACAGAGGCAAUGACAUUGUGGCUCAGACUAGCCUCAUGUACAAGCUGCGGCAGCUUUAUGCUAAAAGGAAUAAAUUUCGACUAACCAUAUUUCCUGGAUCUGAUGAUCAUGCGUUGGUUGCGGCAUUGGUUGUAAUAUUUCUAGAUUGAAGAUAAUAGAAUAAAGAAAAAAAAAGAAUUUUUUAAAAUUUUUUUUAUAAUUAAAGAAACAGAAGAUUUUCUUUC